GUGGAUCGCAUUUGUUGAACCUGCAGAGAUUGGGCAGGCAGGCUGACUCAGGGAGCCACCGUUGUACAAAGAGGAUAUCCCAGACUGACACGUUUAGACUCCUGCUGAUCUCAUCAACCUUUUUUUUUUUUUUUAUUAUUCCAUCUGAAAAUUGCAGAAAGGUGACUGAGCCCCGGGCGUGAUCUCUCGUUUUUUUUUGCGUGCAGAAUACCUCCGUCUUCUUUUCCUCCUCGUCGUCUGGUCCUCCGACUUAACCCAAAGAUGCCCAACUUCUCCGGGAACUGGAAGAUGAAAUAUUCUGAAAAUUUCGAGGAGCUCCUGAAGGCGUUGGGAGUCAAUGUGAUGCUCAGGAAGAUCGCGGUAGCCGCCGCCUCGAAACCGGCAGUGGAGAUAAAGCAGAAGGACGAGACGUUCUACAUUAAGACAUACACCACCGUCCGAACCACCGAAAUUAACUUCACAAUAGGGGAGGAGUUUGAAGAACAGACUGUAGAUGGUCGUCCAUGCAAGAGCCUGGCCAAAUGGGAGAGCGAGAACAAAAUGGUAUGUGAGCAGCGACUUCUGAAAGGCGACGGACCCAAGACCUCCUGGUCCAGAGAGCUGACCAACGAUGGGGAACUCAUCCUGUUCAUGAUAGCUGACGACGUGGUCUGCAAACGGAUCUACAUCAGAGAAUAAACCCCUGAAUCCUCAGAAUGAAAGAAACUUUGGCCUUGUACAGCCCAUCUUCUGAAUUUAAGAAAAAAAAAUAAACAUUUCUUCUAAAGCAGAGAUUACAGCAAGCCCAUGCUCAUCCUAAAAUGGCCAAAUCCCUUGGGUGGUUCUUUUGGAAGACGUCGGAGAUGACCACUUUCUUAUCUAGACUUUGUUUAUUUGACACUGAUGCCCAAACCAGGCAAUCUUGUAAUGACUGUGAAUGGAGGAGGGGGUGGGGAGAGGGCAAUAUCUGAAGUAAUAAGAUGAAGCCGAGAAUUUCUUUUUUUUUAGAAUGUGUUACGUGUAAUUCACUAGCCUUGUUCACAAACCCAACCGUCCCUAUUUUGAUAAGACUGAUUUUUGGGCCCCU